AUGGCGGCUGACACAAGAUUCUCGUUGCUGCAGGUGUAUGCUUCUGCCAGCUGGAUGCUGUUACUGGAUAGUACAACGUUCCAAUGGAGCGUCAUUGGUUUGCUGGACAAAGUGGCCCACCCGAGGGGUCCCCUGCCGUCGACCAGCAAGUCACCGUGGCUGAGAAUCAUCUGGUUGCCAGGGCAGAAGGAGCAGAGCAUGCCAGGCAGUCAUGGAGAUUGUAAGAGCAGGAUGGCUAAAAGAAUGGCCAGUCCUGAAAAAAAGACCCCCAUAAAAAGAAGGAGGGUCACUGAGCAGGCUGGUCCUUCCACCAGCUCAGAUGCUCAUGUGGUCAGAGGAGUCAAGCGAAAGGUCCAACAAGAUGAAGCGGGGACAACCAAUUCAGCAAAAAAGUGUAAACUUCUUGACCAUAUAAGCGGUGACAAGGGGCAAGCAUCUUCCUGGUUGGACACUGGUAAAGACUGCAGCAUAGACAUUUCAGAGAGCUGCAGUAAAAACAAAAAGGCUGGCAAAAGGAAAGCUGCGGGAGACAGCAGGAACCCACCUAAGAAGAAAAACGUGGACCAGGACAAAACCAAAAAUGUUGCCAAAAAGUCAGUGGCCGAACAGAAACGUGACUUCCAAGCGAGAUACGUGGAGGAGGACCGGCUUGGAGAAGGAGGCUGCGGAGCAGUGUUUGCUGGCUACCGCAUAAAGGAUCAUUUUCCAGUGGCCAUCAAACACAUCCCAAAGGGGAAAGUGUACUGCAAAGUGACGGAUGAAAACGGGAAGCAUCUGUCAGUGGAAGUUGCCAUCAUGCUGAAGCUUGCAGCUGAAGCAGAUGGAUCAGUGGGAACAUCAGCCCCAGUGUCUCUGCUGGAGUGGUUUGACUUUGGCAGAGAGCUGAUCCUGGUGAUGGAGAGACCUGUCCCCGCUGUGGACCUGGAUAAAUACAUAAAAGAAAAUGGAGGAUUUUUGCCCGAGGACAAGGCCAAGGUCAUUCUGAAGCAGCUGGUUGAUGCUGCGAAGCACUUGGAGGAUAAACACAUCUUUCACCGGGACAUCAAGAGUGAGAACAUUCUAAUUGAGACCGGCUCAGAUGUACCGCGUGUUCGUAUCAUCGACUUUGGACUGAGCUGCUUUGUUAAGGAGCGGUCGCUGUAUCGCGUCUUCUAUGGUACAGACAUUUACUCCCCUCCCGAGUGGUACAGGCGCAGUUACUACAGGUGUGGACCCACCACGGUAUGGCAAAUGGGAGUGGUUCUGUACGAAGCGCUUCAUGCGGGGGACUUUAACACCACGAGCUUCCUCAAAAAGCGCCUGAAAUUCAAAAGACGUCUGUCCAAAAACUGCCGGGAUUUCUUGGACGCGUGUUUAACCAAAGUCCCGGAGGUGCGGCCGACGCUGGAGGACCUACAGCAUCACACUUGGCUGAGAUAAACCUAUCGCACACAUACACAAACACACGCAAUUCAGACGUUAUCAUUUAUGUGUGAUAUAUGAAUUAAUUUUCUUUUUUUCUGUUUGACAGGAAUUUUGGUGUUUUGGAAUUCCUGUAACCCCCCCAGCCAUCCCAGGAAAGGGGAUCUCUCUUUGAAUGGGCUUUCCCGAGGUUUCUUCCCGUCAAUCUGGCCCCCCCAGGGGAGUUUUUCCUCGUCUUCAUAGAGAGCUUGGGCUGGGUCAGGAGCUCCAUCAAAACUGUCUUUAUUUAAUUACUUCAAUGUAAUCAAAUAAAAAAACAGUAAAAAU